AUGCAUGAAAUAGAAGAACAAUUCACCAACAACACAGUCUGUAGUGUAGCCAUCUCUAUUCGCCGUACGUUAAAUGAUCCGAUCUUCAAUCUUUUGCUGACUUUUUUUCAUCAUGUGAUGCCACACGUAGACAUACUAUUCAAUCAACUGCAGCAAAGAAAAAUUGAACCCAUUCUAGUAAAAGACGUUAUCGAUAAUUUUGAAAGCAGUAUCACGCAAGUUCGAAAUAAUAUUGAUAGCAUCAUUACUGAAGCAUCCGAUAUAAUAAGCGAACAGCCACCAGAAAAUAAACGCAAGCGCCCAGGUAACAGCAGAUUUAAUCACCGGAUUUCUGCUGUAGAGGUGUGUGAUGUUAUCCUAAAUUGUGCAAAAGAUCGAUUUGAUUUUAAAGAGCACUUAAUAGUUUCCUCACUUUUUUUUUUUGAAUGCUUUGGAGAGUAUUGUGGCAAAUUACCUGAGAAUAAACUCACUUCCGCAUGCUGGUUUUAUCCCACAAUUGACAAAGAACUAUUGCGAACUGAACUGUCUGUUAUUUAUUCAAGAAAUGGUUGCAGGACAUUGAAUGGCGCACUACCUCUACUAAAAUUUUUAAUAUCAAACAAUCUAGAAGAUACGUUAAAGGAGACUAGAAAAUGA